CUAAUAGCAAUAAACAAUGCAAGUAGCUUCCUUGAACUCUUUGAACCGCCAGUCUCCGAUGUUGCGUGCCCUCACCAAGCUCCCCCGUGCCCGGCUUGCCUCCCGAUCGGGCCUCCGGAAUGCUACCACUGCAGCCCGGCGCGCUCAGGAAGGCGAGCGCACGGCACAAGACCAAGGCGCUCUGCAGCAGCAGACAGGCGAUCAGCGUGGAACAGCACCUACUCGCUACACACCGUCCGUCCUGACCAACCCGUUCUCGCUCACCCGUGACCUUGCACCGCUGAUGCCCAGCCGUGUUUCAUCCCUCUUCAGGGAUCUGGAACAGGAGCUAGACUCUUUGACCCGCGGCGUGCUUUCUCCAUCAAGCCAGGUCGACAGGGAGCUGGCCCCGUUCACCCCAAGGUCUUCCCUCGGAGCCGUGGAUGUCAAGGAAACGGACAGUGCCUACGAAUUCGACGUGGACGUGCCUGGCCUCACCAAGAACGAGAUCAAGGUCAGCGUGGACAGGGAUGGAGUGCUCACAAUCAGCGGCGAGCGCAAGGUUGAGGAUGAGGAGGGAGAUGACAAGCAGGGUUUCCGGCGCAUCGAGCGCGGCUUUGGCAAAUUCGUGCGCCGCUUCCAGCUGCCGGACAACACCGACCCCGAGCAUGUCCAGGCCAAGGUGGACAACGGAGUGCUGAAGAUCGUGGUGCCCAAGAGUGCUGACCACGGCCCAACUGUCACAGAUGUCCCCAUCGAGUAGACGCAGCAGCACCAAAACAGGCAUCCAGGGAGGAAGCCGCCUAGCAGCUUCCCCUACUCAAGCUUACAGGCACUCCAUGCGCUGACAUCAUCGAUGCAGCACUGAUCAAGGAGCUGCAAGAGCCAAACGCACCAGUCGAAUGCAAGAGCAACAGACUCGACAUCAAGCUAGAAAUUUUGAUAGGGGCGGGAAAGAGCCCUGCGGCAUGCAAGCCUGAUGAUGAGGAGGAGAAAGCAUUAGGUAGCUUUGACACAUAAUAAUGAUGUCUGUAGCAUCAUUUGUCUGCCUCCGCAUUCCAUGGCAUGACGCAACCGUGCGCAUGUGUGUUUUUGAAGGCCUGUUGAAUGUCUGGCAGGAACCUUUGAAUCUGUAAGUAUGCUAGUGAAAUGGGAGUGAUUGUAGAACAGCUGCGUUUAUAAGAAUUGUCUCGAGAUUCUCUCGAGUGCCCACCAAUGUUGUGCUUGCAUGCGCAGCUACAAUGCAUGAUCUCACAAAGUGUUUUGCUAGUUGUGGCGUUUUGCUAAGAAGUUGAGAAGUUGCGGUUAUUCAUAGAUUCGAAGAGGGAUUUCAAGAUUUACUAUGCAUGUCAGAUCGCAGCACAUGUGUCUUCUGUGUCGCUGUACAAAGAUUUUUUCAGAAACAGAUUUUUGAUUU